CAUUAUUCUUCUUUAUGGAAUAAGGAAAUGCUUUUUCAAAAUUUGACCAGUUAGAUAUUGUAUAUAUAUAAGUCCAAUGUUUGAGAUCUUAUCAUCACAUCUAGAAGACUUACAAGAUCUAGUGUUAUGGCCUAUUCUAACAAUUUUGCCUUUGUGGUGAUUUGCAUUGCUGUAGCUGCAGUGUCUGCAACUUAUUAUUCCGGUGGAGGAAACUGGUAUCCAGGUGGCGGAAAUAUGUAUCCAGGAGGUGGAAAUUGGUAUCCAGGCGGAGGAAACUUGUAUCCAGGCGGCGGAAACUGGUACCCAGGCGGCGGAAACUUGUAUCCAGGCGGCGGAAACUGGUACCCAGGCGGAGGAAACUUGUACCCGGGCGGCGGAAACUUGUACCCGGGCGGAGGAAACUGGUAUCCUGGCGGAGGAAACUGGUAUCCCGGCGGAGGGUACCCAGGGAUUGGCAGAAAUUGUCAGUGCAGACAAUACUGUUAUAGAAAUGAAUAUUCUCGGGGAUAUUGUGGCUACAGCUUGUUAAAACAAUGCUGUUCAAGAUGGGGACAAUCGAAAAAGGGUUAUUACUAGCAUAAAGAUGUAUCUUUCGGAAUAAAAUAAAGUGAAGUU